AUGUUCCUACUUAACAGGAAGUCUCAGCCAAGAAAGAAUCAAUGGAGAAGAAAGACUUAAAGACGCUCAGCAAAUGACAGAAGAAUUACUGAAGUAUCAAAGUUCAGAAGAAGAACUUCAUGCAAGACUGGCGGAGGCCAAUGAAGAAACUUUGAGACUACGGGUAGAAGAACAAAGUGAUAGUCUCAGCCAAGGAAGAAUCAUUAGAGAAGAGAGACUUAAAGACGCUCAGCAAAUGAAAGAGGAAUUACUGAAACAUCAAAGUACAGAACAAGAACUUCUUGAUAGUCUUAGCCAAGAAAGAAUCAUUGGAGAAGAAAGACUGCAAGAUGCUCAGCAGAUGAAAGAGGAAUUACUGAAACAUCAAACUACAGAAGAGGAACUUCAUGCAAAACUUGGGGAGGCCAAUGAAGAGAUAGAAAAUUUGAAAAGACAGGUUGAAGAACAAAGUGAUAGUCUUAGCCAAGAAAGAAUCAUUGGAGAAGAAAGACUGCAAGAUGCUCAGCAGAUGAAAGAGGAAUUACUGAAACAUCAAACUACAGAAGAGGAACUUCAUGCAAAACUUGCGGAGGCCAAUGAGGAGAUAGGAAAUUUGAGACGACAGGUUGAAGAACAAAGUGAUAGUCUCAGCCAAGAAAGAAUCAAUGGAGAGGGAAGACUUCAAGACGCUCAGCAAAUAACAGAGGAAUUACUGAAACAUCAAAGUACAGAAAAAGUACUUUAUGCAAGACUUGCGGAGGCCAAUGAAGAAACUUUGAGACUACGGGUAGAAGAACAAAGUGAUAGUCUCAGCCAAGGAAGAAUCAUUAGAGAAGAGAGACUUAAAGACGCUCAGCAAAUGAAAGAGGAAUUACUGAAACAUCAAAGUACAGAACAAGAACUUCUUGCAAAACUUGGGGAGGCCAAUGAAGAGAUAGAAAAUUUGAAAAGACAGGUUGAAGAACAAAGUGAUAGUCUUAGCCAAGAAAGAAUCAUUGGAGAAGAAAGACUGCAAGAUGCUCAGCAGAUGAAAGAGGAAUUACUGAAACAUCAAACUACAGAAGAGGAACUUCAUGCAAAACUUGGGGAGGCCAAUGAAGAGAUAGAAAAUUUGAAAAGACAGGUUGAAGAACAAAGUGAUAGUCUUAGCCAAGAAAGAAUCAUUGGAGAAGAAAGACUGCAAGAUGCUCAGCAGAUGAAAGAGGAAUUACUGAAACAUCAAACUACAGAAGAGGAACUUCAUGCAAAACUUGCGGAGGCCAAUGAAGAGAUAGGAAAUUUGAGACGACAGGUUGAAGAACAAAGUGAUAGUCUCAGCCAAGAAAGAAUCAAUGGAGAGGGAAGACUUCAAGACGCUCAGCAAAUAACAGAGGAAUUACUGAAACAUCAAAGUACAGAAAAAGUACUUUAUGCAAGACUUGCGGAGGCCAAUGAAGAAACUUUGAGACUACGGGUAGAAGAACAAAGUGAUAGUCUCAGCCAAGGAAGAAUCAUUAGAGAAGAGAGACUUAAAGACGCUCAGCAAAUGAAAGAGGAAUUACUGAAACAUCAAAGUACAGAACAAGAACUUCUUGCAAAACUUGGGGAGGCCAAUGAAGAGAUAGAAAAUUUGAAAAGACAGGUUGAAGAACAAAGUGAUAGUCUUAGCCAAGAAAGAAUCAUUGGAGAAGAAAGACUGCAAGAUGCUCAGCAGAUGAAAGAGGAAUUACUGAAACAUCAAACUACAGAAGAGGAACUUCAUGCAAAACUUGGGGAGGCCAAUGAAGAGAUAGAAAAUUUGAAAAGACAGGUUGAAGAACAAAGUGAUAGUCUUAGCCAAGAAAGAAUCAUUGGAGAAGAAAGACUGCAAGAUGCUCAGCAGAUGAAAGAGGAAUUACUGAAACAUCAAACUACAGAAGAGGAACUUCAUGCAAAACUUGCGGAGGCCAAUGAAGAGAUAGGAAAUUUGAGACGACAGGUUGAAGAACAAAGUGGUAUGCGUUACCAUGUGCCAAAUCAGGAAACGGAUCGUCUUCCUCAUGAUAAUGCAAUGUCUAGUUGGACACAGGAAACGAAUAAUUUACAAGACAGAGAAGAUCUUGAAUCUACUUCAUACGAAAGAAAAAUAAGGGAUUUGAAAAAUGAGCUACAUUCACAACAAGAAAGAGUGAACGAUAACGAAGCACAAAUUGAACAACUGAACAAAACGAUCAACGAUAAGUCUGAUGAAAAUUGCCGUUUACUACAAAGAAUUCUCAAGUUGGAAACAGCUGAAAAACAAUUAAAUGAAAUAAAGACCAAGGCAUCUGAAGAGGAGAGUUUAAGGGAGGCUGAAAUAGAGAAACUGCAAAAAGAACUAGAUUCUAUGAAUGAAUCUCUUAACCAAGAGAGGAACAUUGGAGAAGUCAGAUUAAAAGAAAUUGAGAAGUUAGAGGAGGAUAUACAUAAUCAUAGGACAAGAGAAGAAGAUUAUCAACAAAAGCUAGAGGAAGCCAAUAGAGAAAUGGAAAAUUUGAAAAGACAGACUGAAAAACAAUGUGCAGACAACGGUAGUAUUCUUCACAAAUAUUUAGAAGAAGAAAAGACUUCAAAACAUUACAAAGUUUCCUUGGAGGUCAUGGGACAAGAGAAAGAAGAAGUAGAAAGUCAGCUCCAUUACACGAAAGAAAAACUUGCUCAAACAGAACGCGAGGUGAUAAUUACCAAAGAAGAACAUAAAGCAGAGAAAUCAAAACUAGAGGAAGCAUUCCAAAGGUUGAAAGCUCAAUCAUCCCAGGAAAUAGAAAAACAACAUCAACAAAUAAAUAAACUUAAGGAUGAUAUUCAGCGUUUAGAGACCAUCCUUGCGCAUACAACAAAUGAGUUGGAAGGAAAGAAAGUAGAAAAUAAAAAAUUGGAAUCUGAACUCAACCGAAUUAAGCGAGAACUGGAGGGCAUCAAAAAUGAGAAGACACAGCUAGAAGACCACAUUUGUCAGUUAAAUGGAGAAAUAAAUACACGUGAUACAAGGAUAAUGAAGAUGAACGGCGAUUUAACGAUGAAGGAAGCUGAAAAAACCUAUGCCAAUGAAUGCAUGCAAAAGGCUGUUCAAAGACAACAGGAAAUGACGUAUCAACUAUCCACUUUACAGAGAGUUGAAAUGGAAAAAAAUCAAGCAGAACAAGACAAGAAAUCACUAUUAGAUGAGAACAACCUUCUGCGUGCAAGUCUGAAAGAAACAGACGAUUUUCGCAGCUAUCUGCAGAAUUACUAUAAAAUUUUACAAGACACACAGUUAGCAUUACAGAGGGAAACUGAUAAAAACAGACAUUUCAAUGAAUUACUGUCUUCUAAUGGCCACCGUAUGGAAAACAUGACGGCAGAUUUACGAAAUUACCGUUCUCUGGCGGAGAGUCACAGAAAAUCGCUGGAAGAGAAAAAAGAUUAUGUACAUGGUCUUCAACGGAAUAUAGAUAAGCUUACUUAUGAAAAUGAAAAAUUAAAAGAAGAACGUGACAAGUAUCACCAGGAGAGCUUUGAAUUAAAAGACAGAUGCCAAGGUUUGACUGAGGAGCUAGAACAGUCAAGAAACGAAAGCAGAGAACUGAGGGAACAAGCCGAGGCUGCUGAUGGUACAAGCGAAAAUAGAUCAUUCCCAAAUCAAGGUCAGUAAAAAAAUAGAUCAAUCCCAAAUAAAUGUCAGUAAAAAUAGAUAAAGACCAAAUUAGGGUCAGUAAAAAUAGAUCAAUUCCAAAUAAAUGUCAGUAGAAAUAUAUAAAUACCAAAUCAAGGUCAGUAAAAAUAGAUAAAUCCCAAAUUACGGUCAGUAAAAAUAGAUCAAUCCCAAAUUACGGU